UCUGGUUUGGAGGCGUGGCCUCGGCGGGAAGGGGGCGUGGCCUGGGGCCGCGGCGCGCGGUGUGCGAUGGCGCUGCCGCGGGCGCAGCUGCAGUGCAAGAACCUGCAGGAGUUCCUGCGGGGGCUCAGCCCCCCCACGCUGGACCGGCUCUACGGGCACCCCGCCACCUGCCUGGCCGUCUUCAGGGAGCUGCCAGGCCUGGCCCAGGCCGGGAUCAUGCGGAUGCUGUUCCUGGAGCAGCCCCUGCCCCAGGCGGCCGUGGGGCUCUGGGUCAAGAAGGAGCACAGCAGGGAGCAGCAGCAGAGCCAGGAGGUGCUGCUGGAGCUGCGCCUGUGGCACCCCCACACCCUCCCGGGGGGGCUCCCGGGGGUCGCCCUGCACCCCAACUUCCGACAGAACCUGCGCGUCGCCCUGCUCGGGGGGGGCAAGGCCUGGUCGGACGACACGGCCCCGCUGGGCCCGGACCGGCACGCCCGCGACGUGCCCGCGCUGGACAAGUACGCCGAGGAGCGCUGGGAGGUGGUUUUGCACUUCAUGGUUGGAUCACCGAGCGCCGCCGUCAGCCAGGACCUGGCGCAGCUGCUGGUGCAGGCCGGGCUCAUGAAGAGCGAGGGGGGCGAGCCCCCCUGCAUCACCUCGGCCGGGUUCCAGUUCCUGCUGCUCGACACCCCCGCCCAGCUCUGGUUCUUCAUCCUGCAGUACCUGCGGGGCGCCGAGGCGCGGGGGAUGGACCUGGUGGAGAUUUUGUCCUUCCUGUUCCAGCUGAGCUUCUCCACCCUGGGCAAGGACUACUCGGUGGAGGGGAUGAGCGAGUCGCUGCUGACGUUCCUGCAGCACCUGCGCGAGUUCGGGCUGGUGUUCCAGAGGAAGCGGAAGUCGCGGCGGUUCUACCCGACCCGGCUGGCCAUCGCGCUGGCCUCGGGGACAGCGGGGACAUCGCUGGGGACAGCGGGGACAGGGCUGGGGACAGCGGGGACAGAGCCCGACGGACACGGCUUCAUCCUGGUGGAGACCAACUACCGCAUCUACGCCUACACAGACUCAGAGCUGCAGGUGGCCCUCAUCGCGCUCUUCUCGGAGCUGCUCUACCGCUUCCCCAACCUGGUGGUGGCCCAGGUGACAAGGGACAGCGUGCAGGCGGCCAUCGCCAACGGCAUCACCGCCGACCAGAUCAUUCACUUCCUGCGCACCCGCGCCCACCCCGUGAUGGCCAAACAGAGCCCGGUGCUGCCCCCGACCAUCACGGACCAGAUCCGGCUCUGGGAGCUCGAGCGGGACCGGCUGCGCUUCUCGGAGGGUGUGCUGUACAACCAGUUCCUGUCCCAGGUGGAUUUCGAGGUGCUGCGGGACCACGCCCGGGCCCUGGGGGUGCUGGUGUUCGAGAACCCCGCGCGGCGCCUGAUGGUCGUCACCCCCGCCGGCCACCCCGACGUCAAACGCUUCUGGAAGAGGCAGAAACACAACGGCUGACCCCAAAAACCCCAAAACACCCAAAAUCCCGGAGUCUGGGAUCCUAAAAUCCCUGAAAUCCCAGAGUUUGGGGUCCAAAAUCUUCAGAUUUGGGGUUACUAGGCCAUCCCAACGUGAAACGCUUCUGGAAGCGCCAGAAGCAC